CUUUGCAGCAACGAGAAGAAUCAGAAGUUGAAUGAAUCAUGGCGGAUAAGCGAUGUAUCUCUUUGAUUCUACUUUUUGCUCUGAUUUAUCUUUCCCGAAUUUAACUCAAAAGCAAGACAAAAUGGUGGGCUCAAAGAUGCAUUCAUGGAUUGGAAGAUAAAUAACAUUCAUUUCAUUAUGGAGGCAAAGAACAUUCUGUUCAUCAAGAACAAACACAAAACCAGUUUCAGUUGGUUUCCUUCUGUAAAGCAAAAGAGAAAAGGGAGAUUAGAUAACGAUGCAUUUUGAAGACGAAAAAACUGAUCACGAGAAUCAAUCUGACAAAUUGAACUCUGACAAUGGCCGGACUUCUCGAUAGUGUGGCCGGAAAUCUGCUCGGAAGGAUAACUGAAGCCGCCGGCCGACUAGAGUUUCGUGAUAUCCGAAGCGAACUAAGAAACCUCGAAAUGACAGUGUCGGAUCUCAAGGCCGGAAUCAGAGACGCGGAGGAGAAGCAGGAUAUCCAUGAUGAACUCAAUGAUCUGCUUAAACAACUCAAAGAUACGUUUUCAAUGGCCGACAGUCUAAUUGAGGAAUUGGAAUGCGAAUAUUUGAAGUGGAGAGUGCAGAACCGAAAGAACGGCGUUAAGGGAUGCCAGUUCUCUUCUUGUUUCUCGUCCAAUGUCUUCGUUUCUCCAACUAAAACCGCCGAUGACAUCAACCAAAUGACAAAGAAGUUAGAUAUGAUUGAGGAAGCCAUGUCUAAAUUCUCUCUGGUUAAAGAUGAAAAUGAAUAUAUCAAACGUUUGAAGGGUGAAAUGACUCUGCGGACCUCUAUUACUGGUUCGCAAGCUUUCGCUAGGCUUCUGCGCUUGAGAAAAGAGGCGAUUCUCUCUGAUAAUGUGGACUCCAUUAUUGGUAGAGGUAAAGCAAAACAGAGUAUCAUUGAUGAACUUGUGAAGGAUGAAGAUGAUAAAAGAAAAUGUCCGCAUAUUCUUUCAAUCCAUGGAGAAGGAGGGAUGGGAAAGACGGCUCUGGCCAAGUUAGUCUACAAUGCACACCAAGUGUUUGAUCAUUUUGACAAGAGAAUAUGGGUAUGUGUUUCUGAAGAUUUUGAUGUUGAGAGAAUCAGAAGGGAGGUCCUCAGUUCUGCAACUGGAGAAAAUGUUACUGAUGCCUUAACCGACCCUCAUUUACUAAUCCGGCUCCAACGGAAAUUUGUUGACAAAAGAUUCUUGCUUGUUUUGGAUGAUUUUGGGGUUUUGGAUGCUGAAAGAGUAUUAGAACUGGAAAAAAUCGUGAAGAUGGGCGCUCCUGGCAGCAAGAUCAUGAUAACCACUCGUAGCCAGAAAACUCUAAAUGAUGCUACAACAUACAAGAUUGAAAAACUCGACGAGGAGAAAUCCAUGGAUUUAUUUAAACAUACAUGUGAAAGCAAAAGGCUUACUGAAAAGGUGGAGGAAUACAAAGAACUUGUGCCAAAAUGUGGAGGAGCUCCUUUGGCAAUCAAAUGUUUGGCGGGACUGCUUUCUUCGAAAGCGGGUGAUGGUGUUGAGUGGCUGAAUGUCAAGAACUCGAGUGAGAAAUGGAAACCAGAAGAGGUGAACGAGGGCAGUUGUGUUUUACGUGCACUGAGAAUGAGUUAUGAUCUAAUGCCAUCUUAUCUGAAACCAUGUUUUCUUUGCUUUUCAUUGUUGCCAAAAGAUAAUGUCUUCUACUCAUUUGAGCUAAUUCAGUUAUGGAUGGCGCAAGGAAUCCUUCAUUCAGAUAGCAAGGAUCCUGAGGCUGUUGGGGAGCAAUACUUCAACGAACUGUGGCUUCGUGGUUUACUUGAAGAUGUUGAGGAGCACACUCUUGGAUAUUGGUUCAAAAUUCAUAACCUUGUCCAUGAUCUUGCAGUCGAACAGGCCAAGGAACAAAAGAACCUCGAAAAUUUGCAUCAGCUUUCAUUUGUCGGUUGCAACAACAAGGAUUUUCGGCCGUCACCAAGCUAUGAUAUUCGCUAUCUUUCCAUUCCAGUCGGAGGUGUGGAGCCAGAGAUCAAUGGAGUCCCUCUUUUCAAAUGCAUCACCAAGUUCAGGCAGCUAAGGUUUUUGUACUUGUGCAACACUUCUCUGGAAGAAAUUCCAACCUCCAUUAACAUGCUGAGACAUUUAAGGUAUUUAGAUUUACGAGGGAAUCAACGACUCAAGAGGUUACCAGAAUCAAUCUGCAAGCUACAAAGCCUGCAGACCUUGAUUCUUGCAUUCUGCUCAGAGCUUGAAGAGCUUCCCAAAAACAUAAAGAACAUGAUCAGCCUAAGAUUCUUAUGGAUACAAACAAAGCAAGCCAACUUGGGAAAAGACGGCAUAGGAAGCUUAACAUCGCUUCGUUUUCUCGCCAUCGGAGGGAGCGAAAACUUAACUCACUUGUUUGAAGACAUCUACAAACUCAACGCCCUUCAAACACUGAUCAUUUACGAUUGCAAAUCACUGCUAACACUGCCAAAAGGCUUGGAAAGCUUGAGUUCUUUAUGUAAUAUGGCAAUAUGGGGGUGUGAACGGCUGAGAUUGACAUUCUCAUUAGAAUCGCUUUGUCCUAGGAAACUGAUACUCAGAGGACUUACAGCAGUGGGGACAUUACCGAAGUGGAUGCACCAUUUAGAUGAAAAUUUAGAAGUGCUUGAAAUUGGAGAGUUUCCCAUGCUAAAAGAAUUACCUAUCUGGUAUGGCAAUUAUUGGAAACUUCGAAUUCUUGGAAUCUCCAACUGCCCUAGGUUGGAGCCUAGUAUGCAUACAAAUUUUGGUUCUUAUUGUGAUCGAUUGGAGGAGUUGAGGAUCACAUUUUGUGGGUCUUUGAGCACACAAAGCAUGGAGGAAAGCAAUCAUGUAGAUCUGCGUAUCUCUCACAUCCCUACCAUUUAUGUGGACUCCAAAAAGAUUAAGCCACGAGUAGCAUCAACUGAGAAACAUGAGGCAGCAGGUGGAGCUGGAAAAAUUGAAGAAGCUGAGCAUGGAGUGCAUAAAGAUGACCAUGAGAGUGAAUCAAAACAUGAUAAUAUUAACAUUCAUGGAUCAAUUGGAGUCCGACAAGAUAACAGAGCUCCCUUGGAUGUUCUUACUGGGGCCAAAGAAAUUGGACGAGGAGAACUUGACCGAGCUACGAACGAUAAUCAUCUUGAAGCUGACAAUGAAAGUAAUGUUGGGACUGGACAACCUUCAAAAGCAGAACAUGAUGAACAAAUUGUUGAUGCAAAACAGGAUGAUGCCAAUGACAAUAAAAGUGAUGUUGGUGUUGGACAAACUAUGGGAUUAAAACUUGAUGGAAUCACUGAUGAGAGUCAUGUUGGGGCUAAACAAAUUACAAAAGCAAAAAAAGAUGGAGCUACUGGUGAGAGUCAUGUUGAUUUUGUACAAAUUGGAGGAGCAAAACAUAAUAAUAUUGACAUUCAUGGACUAAGAGCUGCCAAGGAAAGUCAUGCUGGGGCCAGACAAACUGGACGAGGAAAACAUGACCGAGCUACGAACGAUAAUCAUCAUCAAGCUGACAACGAAAGUCAUGUUGGGACUGGACAACCUUUAAAACCAGAUCAUGAUGAACAAACUGUUGGAACAAAACAGGAUGAUGCUAAUGACAAAAAUAGUUAUGUUGGUGUUGGACAAACUAUGGGAUUAAAAGUAGAUGGAAUCACUGAUGAGAGUCAUGUUGGGGCUAAACAAACUAUAGAAGCAAAAAAGGAUGGAGCUGCUGAUGAUAAUCAAGUUGGUAUUGGGCAAAUUGGAGCAGAAUAUGUUGGAGAAGCUAACAAAAAGCAUGUUGAAGUUGGAAAAAUUGGAGCAAAACUUGGUGGAGCAAAUGAAAAUGGCCAUGAUAAGGUCUGUUUGGGUGAUGAUGACCAUGCUGGAGCUGACCAAGGUAUGAUCAUUACAUAUGAGGGUUUCUGAGGAUGAUCUUAUUCCCAUGUAAUUUGUGUAUAUGACAUUUAUUUGGCUAUUGCUUUCUUUACUCAAAAACUCAUUUUAAUUGCUAAAUUUAUGUAUUUUAAUGACAUCGUUGUGGUAUUUUCUUAAUACAUGAUAUCAGGAUUUGAACCUCUGACCUUAAAAGAGGUAGUA